GUCGCGUCAUUGUUUUGGCCGGCGUGGUACUGUCAAACCGUAUUUGUACUUGAUUUGUACCGAAUUUUUGCUAUUUUGUACAUAAAUACAUAAAAAAUGGUUGAAAACAACGACGUGGAGCUUUCUGAGGCAGAGGCUGAACAGUACGAUCGUCAGAUUCGUCUCUGGGGCCUUGAAUCACAGAAGCGGCUACGAGCAUCCAAAGUAUUAAUCAUCGGCCUCAACGGUCUUGGUGCUGAAACAGCGAAAAAUAUAAUUCUGUCGGGAGUAAAGAGUGUUGUUCUGCAAGACCAUGAAAAGCUGAAAGAAGUGGACCUUUACUCGCAAUUCUUAACCCCUCCGGACAAAAUCGGAGAGAACAGAGCUGAAGCUUCCCUGCAAAGAGCGCGGGCAUUGAACCCUAUGGUGGACAUAUCUGCUGAAACUAAAGGCGUUGACGAGUUGCCCGACAGCUUCUUCGCUCAAUUCGACAUCGUGUGCGCGACCGGGCUGAAGCAGGAGCAACUGGAGCGCAUAAACAAUGUCUGUCGGGACAACAACAAGAAAUUCCUUUGCGGCGACGUGUGGGGCAUGUUCGGCUACAUGUUUGCAGACCUCGUCGACCACGAGUACUCGGAGGAGAUCGUGCAGCACAAGGCCGUGAAGCGCGGCCCUGAUGACGAAGAGAAAACUGCCAGAGAAACUGUCUCCAUCACUGUGAAGCGACGCGCCAUCUAUGUGCCGCUACAAAACGCUCUGUCCGCUGAUUGGUCCAAACCUGAGCUGCGCUCGCGACUGCGCCGCGGAGACCCCUCGUACUUCGUCAUGAAGAUCCUUUCUCGCUUCCGAGAUGAAUACAACAGGAACCCUGAGCCCGCCCAGAGGAAAGCUGACACAGAAGUACUGUUUAAAAUGAGGGAUGAACUUGUGAAGGAACUGUCUCUGCCCGCAGGCUUUGUCAGUAACUCCUUGCUCACAGAUGUGUUUGGAGUAGUCUCGGGUGCAGCCGCAGUGGUUGGGGGUGUCAUUGGACAAGAGGUAGUGAAAGCCGUCAGCCAGAAGGAGCCCCCACAUAAUAACAUGUUCUUCUUCAACCCAAUCAAAGGAGUUGGCUUUGUGGAACUUUACGGUCAGUGAAUCUGAGAUUUGUAUUACAUUCUGAUGUUGUAAUUAUUUUAAGUAAACUUUAAUUUUUUAAUGAAUAUAAGUAAUUAUUUAAGUA